GUCUGGGUCGCGCUAAACCGCAACCCCACACUCUCUCUCAAAAAAGCGAAAGAGCGAAAAAGAAAUACAAAACUAAAAUUGCCUCUGCGGUUACAUAAUUGCUUCACUAAGCAAGGCUUCGAAGAGAAAUUGAGAGGUACAUACUCCAAAACACACGCAGAGUGCUUUUUCGAGGAGUCGAUCAGUUCGGCGGAAGCGACGGCGACGGUGGCGGCGGAGGCGGCGAGCGAGAAGGCUCCGAUGGAGAUUUGCAAGGGAAUCAACGGACUCGAGAAGGUUAUCCUCCGUGACGUCCGCGGUAGCUCUGUUGAGAUCUACUUGUAUGGUGCUCAAGUGACAUCAUGGAAGAAUGAGCACAGGGAAGAAUUGCUUUUUGUCAGUAGCAAGGCCAUUUUCAAACCUCCAAAGCCAAUUCGUGGAGGCAUCCCUAUUUGCUUCCCCCAGUUCUCAAACCAUGGAUCUCUUGAGGCCCAUGGAUUUGCUAGAAACAGGUUUUGGAGCAUUGACCCAUCUCCACCUCCAUUUCCAACCAAUUCCUCCAAUAAGACAUUUGUAGAUUUGAUUCUGAAGCCCACUGAAGAGGACAUGAAAAUCUGGCCUCACAGCUUUGAGUUCCGCCUGCGAGUAACUUUGGGACCUGCCGGAGAUCUGAUGUUAACUUCUCGUAUCAGAAACACCAACACCGAUGGAAAGCCUUUCUCGUUUACAUUUGCUUAUCACACCUAUUUCUCUGUUUCUGAUAUCAGUGAAGUACGGGUUGAAGGAUUGGAGACACUGGAUUAUCUUGAUAAUCUGCAGAACAAACAGCGAUUUACUGAACAAGGGGAUGCAAUCACCUUCGAGUCAGAAGUGGAUAAGAUAUAUCUCAGCACGCCUACAAAGAUUGCAAUUCUGGACCACGAAAAGAAGCGAACAUUUGUCAUUCGUAAAGAUGGUCUUCCUGAUGCCGUUGUCUGGAAUCCUUGGGAUAAGAAGGCAAAGGCAAUGGCUGAUUUUGGAGAUGAUGAAUAUAAGCAUAUGCUGUGCGUUGAGGCAGCUGCUGUGGAAAAACCUAUCACUUUGAAGCCUGGUGAAGAGUGGAGAGGAAGGCAGGAACUUUCAGCUGUGCCUUCAAGUUACUGUAGCGGCCAGCUUGAUCCUCAGAGAGUCCUCCAAGGCAGCUAGCUUCAGAUAUGCUUACCUUUAUGAUGUACAGGUGGUCGACUACAAUAUUGGGAGGUGUAAGGCUUGGCAUCAAUAUCCGUUACAAGACCUCUUUUACCGUCUUGUCCUUAAUAGCGUAAUCUUUCUUUUAUUACCUGGAUGAAAUGGGGCUGUUUUAGCAUAUACUUACCAAAUAACGUUUGCUUGCUCUAGUUGGGCAUGGGACAAUAUGUAUCAAUUGUAAUGAAGAAGCCUAGGUAUGAUGCUAGAUGGUUUUUGAGUCUCAAACUGAUUCUUCCCUGAAGUUAUUAUUGAAGGGAGUCAUGACCCAUGACUGAUGGCUCAUACCUAAACUUGGUUCAACUAUGAAUCAGGUGUUCACUGAACAUGUACCAAAUCAUCUUUUUCGACAUAUAUAUUCACUUCAAACUCAAGUGGUCAUUGA